AUGGGUCAGUCAUCUUCGUCGUCGAAUCAUGAACCUGAUUUGGAGGAAAACAUUAUAGCAACUGUGCGAACGAGGUUCCAGCGUGCUGCGAGAGGCUCACUUUAUAUGGAUAAGCCACUCUUUCAGAUGAUGUCUUCGCAAUUCCUGGAUCCAAAACUACAGGAUAUUCUUUUUGAUUCGUUGAAAAUACAAAACGAAGAAGUCGAAGUGCUUACGGAAGACAGUUUUAUACGUGCUGCGGAAAUAUCUUUGGGAGGUUACGAACUGCAAGCAGAAGGAAUUUUUGUGUGUGCCAAGCCGCUGCAGGAGGUUUGA